AUGGGUGGGACAUUGGGCAGUACCGAAGCUGGAAGCCAGGUCUUCAGCAGCGAGUUAGAAUUUCAGCUCCACUACGUUAGGGGGCGCUGCGGGGCCGCUUGCGCAGGUUCGGCCCCGAGGCAGCACUGCCUCAGGCUGCCCCCUCCGAGGCCGCAGUCGUACUUCCGAGGGUGCAGAGCCGGUGGCGGCCGCUUCCCGGGGCGCCGUGUGGUCCUGUGUCGUACCGCACCUACCCGCGCCGCUGUCGGCCCUCGCCAUCAGUCCUCACGCCGGGGGAAGUCACCGCAGGACCAUCUCGGGCUUCUCUGCGGGGACCCCAGGGACCAUCUCGGGCCGUCUUCUCUGUGGGGAGCCCAGGACCCUCUCGGGCCAUCUUCUCUGCGGGGACCCCAGGGCCAUCUCGGGCCGUCUUCUCUGCGGGGACCCCAGGACCAUCUCGGGCCGUCUUCUCUGCGUGGACCCCAGCUGGUGCUGCUGCUCUCCCAUCGGGGGACUCCGAGGCCCCGAGCGGGGCGGGAGAGCGGGUCCGAGCUCAGCGCCCAGACAGGGCUCCGGCCUCUGCGCCCGGCUAGACCCCCCGGGAUGCGUGCGUCCUUGGGAGAGAGCCCGCGCAGGAAGGCUUUGCCCGCGUCCCGGAUCCCUACCUCCGUUCCCGGCAUCCGAAGCCGGGCGACGGUUGUCUGCAGAGCAGGUGAUGUCCCGCACGGCUUUAGGACGGCCGACUCGUUUUCCCUUCUGCAACCUUUAAAAACAGGCGUGGAAAGCUGCCUUUUACACACCGGUUGGCAGAAGUUUCGACUGGGGACGCUCCCGGGGUCUCGGAGGAGCGGUGUGGACUCGCGUCCGGUCCUUGCGCUGAAGCCCCGCCCGGACUGGACCAAGCUGAAGCCAGGAGCUGGCCACCCAAUCCAGUUCUCCCACGUGGGUGGCAGGACCCCAACUACUAGAGCCAUCACCUGCUGACUGCCAGGAUGCACCUUGACGGGAAGCUGGACCAGAACCGGGCACUUUGAUGUGAUCCUUAGCCACUGGGGACCCAGGACGUGAUGCCGUCUCAGAGGUGGAUUGGCAGAGAGGAGAGCACUAGUCCUACUUCAUGGACAUCGUCCUCGUUUCAGCGCCUGGCAGGUGUUCGGUGGUCAGCAGCUGCAGAGCUGCUGGAGAGGAGAAAACAGUGGGACCACUUUCUUCAGGAGUCAUCCCAGGUCCCCUGAGCUUGGGGAAAGCUGAGAGGGGUCUCACGGAGGUGGCCCAGUACCCAGGCUGAGCUUCAGGAAGAGCUGUGACGGUGUCUGCAUGGGGUACGACAGAUGAAGGCAUCCAAUAAGUGUCUCAGCUGCUCUGCUUCCGAUCCGGGUUCCUGCUGAUGCACCUGGGAAAAGCAGUAGGGGAUGGCCCAAGUAUUUGGGCCCCUGCCACCACUGUGGGAGACCUGGAUGAAGCUCCUGGUUCCUGGCUUCGGGUGGCUCCACACUGGGCGUUUUGGCCAUCUGGCGAGUGAACCAGUGGAUGGAAGCCCGCGCUCGCUCACUCGCUCUCUCUCUCUCCCCCUCCCCCUCCUCCCUCCCUCUCUUUGUAAUUCUGACUUUCAAAAUAAAUAAAUCUUUACAAAAACAAAAAACAAAAAGAAGUGAUACCCUUACUGCUGCACCA